UAUAUCCCUGAGAAUGGCAAUUGGGAAAAUCCCAUGGAUAGAAAGAUUUUCUUCAUCAUCAACUUGCACGACGGUGACCUUCAUGUUAUUUGUUUCUUUUUCCCUAGUUGGAGUUUGGAUGUUCUCUUCUUCGACUGUUGUGCCUCUAGUGAUUUCUCCUCAAGAAGCUACUAAAUCUGAGUCUAAAAAGCAACUUUCUCAGAGUGAUUCUAGGCCAUUGGAGGAUGGCUCUGGCAAUGCUUUCACUCAGUCUUAUAAUUGGGGUGAAACUAGAGCUGAUGAAUUUGGAGUUGCGAACUCAGAAGGCAGUAAGAUAAAUGUGGGCGAUCAAAGAGAUGGUCAGGAUAAUGUCAUAGGAGAAAAUGUUGUGUGGAAUGCGAGCCAUAUGGAAGACAAGAUCAUUGGUCAUAAACCCGAUGAUGGCUUGAACAAUCAAGAGCCCAAUUCAAGCGUGAAUAUUAAUGAUAAUGCAAAUGGCGAAAAACAAGAAAAUGAUAAAAAAAAAAUUAAGCCAGGGGAAUAUAAUGAUGGUUAUCGAAUGCACAGUGACAAGGACAAUGUUCGUACCAAGGAUGGAACAAAGGAAGAGGUAUUUCCUAAUGGUUUCCAGUUAGAACAUACCCAGGUUGGGGCAUGGUCAACACAAGAUACCGAGUCAAGGAACGAGAAGGAACUGCAGGCGUCUUCUUCAAUGGGCGAAGUUAUCAAAUUCAAUUGGAAAUUAUGUAAUAUUACAGCUGAAGCAGACUACAUCCCUUGUCUGGAUAAUGACGAAGCAAUAAAGAGACUGACUACUACAAAGCAUUAUGAACAUCGAGAGAGACAUUGCCCUGAGAAGUCCCCAACCUGCCUUGUGCCGCUUCCAAAUGGAUAUAGAAGGCCAAUAAAGUGGCCCAACAGCCGAGAGAAGAUAUGGUACCGCAAUGUACCUCAUACAAAACUUGUGGAGAUGAAGGGCCAUCAAAAUUGGGUAAAAGUUUCAGGAGAGUAUCUGACUUUUCCAGGUGGUGGAACUCAGUUCAAAUUUGGUGCUUCUCACUAUAUUGACGUCAUUCAGAAGAAAGACAGGAUAUAGAAAAUAAGGGUUCAAUUGAUCGUCAACAAGCAAUGGAAAUGGAAGAAAAUAAUUCUUCCAAUCCACCUGCUGCCAUAAUCAGUCCAACCACAACCAUGCCAUUUACCAAAUUUGAAGCCAAUACGUACAUGAAAUUGCAUCCCAAAGCAACCUCAUGGGGAAGAGAAGUUUCCAUAUGUUAUAAGGAAAGAGACGAACCCCUUAUAGACCAAGUGGUAACAACCAUAAUAAUAAUGAGACAACAAUAUAGAAUUAUAUUGGCCACAACAGAAGUCAGGGUAAUGAACUGAUUGGCCAAAGAAUUCCAAGCAAAAUUUGGGCACAAGCAAAAGAUUAUCACGGAGAUCAAAUUAAAAAAAACACCAACCAUAACAUUCAUGAAUCUAAGAAGUCCUGCGCGAUGGUUCCCGGCAUAUCCACAGGGCAACUAGGGAAGCGUUAAACUACCUGCUACCAUCAAUAGGAUAAUCUUAGAACCAGAAAACUCCAAUUAACUCAUUAAAAAGUUUGAAUUGCAGCUCAAUGCAGCAAUCAACUUAUUUCUGAAUUGGUUGCCCUGAAGGAACCAUGAGGCAAUAUAGUUAA